CGGUGACAUACUAUUUAUUAACGGUAAUUACUAUACCGUGGCUACUUAUCAUACGGUGCCUUUACUAUUUAUUCAUACCCUAGAUUGGCCAAUAGCGCAUUGUGUCUGCUGCACCUAAUUGCGACACCAUGCAGCCAAAAUGCAUGCACGGAUUUGCACACUGACACCAGACCGCAACGAUUUAUCGCACAACGCCCGUAGCCUCCCAUACCCCCGCCAUCGCAACCCCCCCACUCGUGGCCCCUAUUUCCUCAGGACUGCGGCACCUGCCCACCUGCUGGCUGCCCCUUAUUGGGUUGCACCAUCGGACCGUAGGUCACAUGACCAGGUGCCAAUCAUGUCCCAUGAUGUCACAUCGCGUCAAGUGGUCCCAAAUCGUCUACCCACCAAAAUGUCCACUACGGCCAAAAUGCCACCUUGCGAUCCCGCCAUCCCUGGCAUUCUCUAGCUGCCGACCUCUGCUGCCGCUCCUCCCCGCGACGAGCUUCCCCCAGCUCCGGCCACCCGCAUCUCCUGCUCGUUCCUGCACCAUAAAAGCAAUUAGUAAACAUCCUUUCUAACUCCGAUUGUUGUAGUAACGUCACUAACCAGUGCUACUAUUUAUCGU